AUGGCGAGCUCGUCUCAAGCUGAGCCGCUGUCAAAGCUUGAUUUGCAUCAUGUUCCAGAUGACAAGCCGGUAUUUGCGUGCCACAAAUGCUCCGAAGUGAUCGCACUGCAAGAUGAGCUCGUGUCCAAGGCAUUCAACGGACGGUCAGGGAGGGCAUACCUCAUGAAUACGACCUUCAAUACCAAACUAGGCAAGCGCGAACAGAGGAGGCUAUUGACCGGGACACACACCGUGGCCGACCUGCACUGUGCGUCCUGCAAUGCGGCAUUAGGCUGGCACUACAUCACCGCGCCGAGCUCCGAUCAGAGGUAUAAAGAAGGUGAGGCAGACGAGGUGUCUCAGCUGAAGGAUUAG